AUGACCCAAUUGAGUCGAUCAUCAGGUCAAAAACAAAGUUCAAAGAGAAAAGAAGACACCGUCGAGACACACCUUUGUUCCUUUAUUUCCUACCUCCUUCAGUACCCGCCACUUAUUCUCUUGUUUCUUCUUUUACCUUUUACCUCUUCUAGUUUGUGUCCAUUUGAUCUCCUUACCUACUUGUUUUUAUCAUUGCUGAUGACGUCUGAUGGCUCUGGAGUAAAACGCCAAUUUGAUCAUGGAAAUGACUUUGAUCCUUCCAAGCGACAACGCAGUUCACAACCAGCAUCGCGGGUUGUAUUUAUCUGCGGACUACCUCCUGAUUGUUUGGAAAGCGAGUUGCUAGCACUUUGUUGUCCAUUUGCUGUGGUUGAAAAAUGUCUGAUGAUCCCGCAGAAACGCCAAGCAUUUGUCCAAUUACCCGAUGUCACGUCAGCCGCUAAUCUCGUCACUUUUUAUCAGACACGCGAUGCGCUAAUCCGUGACAAGAGAAUCUUCUUUGACUUUAGUAAUCGUGAUGAACUUAAAGGACGGCACGAGGUCGAUGCACCUUGUUACCAGCAACAGCAACAAGUUGGACAACAGAUGCCACCACUAGGCACUCCGUAUCAACAGUCUUCACCUAUGCAGUAUGCGCCACUACAAGACCUGCCUCCAUUUGGUGCAGACGGUAAUCAUCGUGGAAUGACCGGCCACGAUGGUCCUCGUCGUGGUGUUGGACCACCGAACCAAAUCCUAAUGGCAUCGGUAUCCAAGAUUGAAUACGAUGUUACGGUGGACGUCCUGCAACAGGUGUUUCAAAAGUUUGGCAAUGUUGAGAAAAUUGUCACGUUUUGGAAAGACAACGAGUUCAAGGCGCUUAUACAAAUGGAGUCAGUGGAGCAAGCACAAGCCGCACAAUCAGCGCUGGAUGGACGAGACAUUUACACAGGCUGCAACCAGCUAAGUAUUGUCUUUUCACGCCAUCCAGAACUUCGAGUGCGCUAUAAUGACGACAGAUCGCGAGAUUAUACGAAUCCUAAUCUUCCCCCAGGCCCUGGUCGUGAUGGAGGUGCUCAUAGCGAAAACGAAAUGCUGACCCCAGCUCCUUCAGAUCGACGAGAUGCACCUCGAGAUAGUGGAUACGACAAUCGAUCUCCACGUCACGAUGGUUUUCCUCUUCGCGAGCCUCCUCAUGCCCUUGACAAUGGACGAGAUGAUCAAUACGCUCCACUUUCGUACAAUGGUCGCGGACCACCACCGCGGUUUGACGAACGACCGUCGAAUGUAGACAGACCUCGUGAAGGUCGCAGCGGGCGCGAGUUGCCUGCACAUUCGACGGGGCGAGCCAUUCGAGGAGAUACCCGUCCAUCACCUGCCUUGAUUUGCAGCAAUAUCGAUUCCAGAUUGAUAGCAAGUAGCCCGCACUGCCUCUUUACGCUAUUUGGCUGCUUUGGUGACGUCCUUCGUAUUAAGAUCAUGUUUCGCAAGCGGGAUACAGCGCUGAUCCAAUUCGUUGAUGAUGUCCAUUCAACUUCGGCUUUGGAUCACUUGGAUGGUGUCUACGUUUUCGGCAAAAAGCUACGUGUGGAUUACUCAAAGCACACGAGUGUGUCAAUGCCCCAUGCAGAUGCCGAUCGUUUUGAGAUUGAGAAUACGCUCGACUUUUCGGGGUCACCACUUCAUCGCUAUCGACGACGCAGCCCGCAAGAGGCUGUUUCUCCCUGCCCUCUUUUGCAUAUAUCAGGCAUUCCGAUGGAACUGCAGCACAACCAGAAUGCACUUGUGGGUCUGUUCACGCAGUACGGCUUUGUUAAGAAUUUCCACUACUUGCAGAGUAACCCGAAAAUGGCACUGAUUGAAAUGGGUUCCAUGGAUGAGGCGAUCAUGGCACUUUUGCAAAUUGACAACAUGGCAUACCCGGACUCGCACAUGCGCAUAUCCUUUUCCAAAGCCUACCAAUUUUCUGCUGGAAACGGUGACGGUGGCCAUGCUCCAGGUCUUAUGUCAGGCCCUGGUGCUGAUUCAGGCGGCUGGAAUCCGCCGAUGCAGUCGCACCCAAGAGAUCAAAGCCGCGAUCGCAACCGUAAUCGCGAAAGAGGCCCACCUCCAGGGGGAGAUCGAGGCCGGUCGUUUCGAGACCGAGGUCGCGGGCGUGACUUCCAACCGCGUGAUAACAAUCGCCGUCCUCCACCGCGGUAUUGA